CAGUAAAGACAAAGAAACCGAGUGGAUCAGACUGUCCAUCACACGGCCUCCUCCUUUCUUUUUGGAGUUCUCACUUGGGCACCAGAACUCCACAUCUCAUGUCUUCACUUCAUAACCAUCCUGAAUGUGAUUUCCAGCUUUAGAUAGAGACCUUUCCCGAGAGGAGAGCAUUCACAGAAAUGUUAUUGCCGCUAAGGUCACCACUGCUGAGGUAUCAUCCACAUUUCCCAGUCAUGGGUCAGACUUCCUCUUCUACACCCUCUCCAAAAAAUGAUCCUGAUUUGACCUCCAGCUUUGGCAAUAAUCUUCAGAAUUUCAAGAUGAAAAACAAUAUCCUGUCUCGGGAAUUAAUUGCCAUCAUUGAAUCAUCCCUAGAGUCUGGAAACCUUCAGGAAACAGUUUCUGUCAUCAGCAAUGCUCUGAGUGACAUUAAGAAAGCACCAGUGAACAUUGCAGUGAUAGGGGAUACUGGGGCUGGAAAGUCCAGUCUCAUCAAUGCUCUACAGGGAGUAGGGGCUGAUGAAGAAGGUGCAGCUGCUACUGGGGUGAUAUGUACAACCACUGAGAGAACACCAUACACAUAUGCAAAGUGUCCCAGUGUGACACUAUGGGACAUGCCUGGUAUUUCAUUUUGUGACUUUCAUUCAAAUGAGUAUUUGAAGAAAAUGAACAUUGAGGAGUAUGACUUCUUCAUUAUUGUCUCUUCGGGCCGCCUUAAAUUUAGUGACAGAGAAAUUGCCAAAGUCAUUAUGCAAAUGAAUAAGAGUUUCUAUUUUGUUCUAACCCAUACAGAUAUUGAUCUUGAGGUGGAAAAAGUGAUUAACCCUAGGAGAUUCAAUAAAGAGAACACAUUAAAGAUGAUACGAAAUAACAUUUCAAGUAUACUGAAGCAAGUGACACACCAGGAGCCUCCAGUCUUCCUAGUCUCUAAUACUGAUGUGUCUGACCUUGACUUCCCAAAGCUGGAGACCACCCUUCUGAGAGAGCUCCCAGCCUACAAACGCCACAGGUUCAUGGUCACUUUGCCAAUUGUUACUAAUUCCACCAUAGAUCAGAAGAGGGAUAUGCUGAAACAAAAGAUCUUGAAGGAAUCCAGAAUGCCAAGAGCAUGGGCUACCAUACCAUUCAGAGGACUGAUGCAAAAGGACCUAGAGAUGUUGGAACAGGCUUUGAAUGACUAUAGAUCUUCCUUUGGCCUGGAUGAGGCAUCACUGGAAAACAUAGCUAAGGAUUUGAACAUUACACUUGAGGCACUCAAGGCAAACAUUAAGUCUCCACAUUUGUUCUCAGAUGAGCCUGGUACAUCCACAACAGAUAAACUACUGAACUACAUUAGACAUCCUUAUUCUUCAAAGUUUUACCACUUGCAAAAUUAUUUCAUUGACACAGUUGCAAGCGAUGUUAAAAUUAUCCUGAGUAAUGAAGAGCUUUUGACAGCAAAGCAACCUCCAUGGUAUACAGCUACAUGCAAGUCUUCCUCUAGCAGCCCUUCUCCUUUAACUGCUCAAUGUUUGGCAUUCAACAUUGAAAAUUUUUUUAAGAAUUUCAAGUUGGAAAGCAAAAUUCUCUCUGAGGAAACCAUCAACUUGAUUGAAUCCCAUCUGGAGAAUAAGAACCUUCCGGAAGCAAUGUGUGAAAUUAGUCGGGCUCUGAGAAACAUUGACAAAGCCCCACUCAACAUUGCUGUGACUGGAGAAACAGGGACAGGGAAAUCCAGCUUUAUCAAUGCCCUGAGGGGAGUGAGGGAAGAAGAAGGAGGUGCAGCCCCCACUGGGGUGGUAGAGACAACCAUGGAGAGAACUCCAUACCCACACCCAAAGCUUCCCAACAUGACAAUAUGGGACUUGCCUGGCAUUGGGACCACUAAUUUCCCACCAAAAACCUACCUAACAGAAAUGAAGUUUGGUGAGUAUGACUUCUUCAUUAUUAUCUCGGCUACACGCUUCAAAGAAAUUGAUGCAAAUCUGGCCAAAGCCAUUGAAAAGAUGAACACAAAGUUCUACUUUGUCCGAACCAAGGUCGAUCAAGAUGUCAGUAAUGAACAGAGGAGUAAACCUAAGUCUUUCAAUAGCGACAGUGUCUUAAAGAAAAUUAGAGAUGACUGUUCAGAGAAGCUUCAGGAAGCUCUUUCCAGUCAACCUCCUCUCUUCUUAGUCUCUAACUUUGAUGUGUCUGACUUUGACUUCCCAACGCUGGAGACCACCCUACUGAGGGAGCUCCCAGCCCACAAGCGCCACAUCUUCAUGAUGUCCUUGCACAGUGUUACUGAGACUGCCAUUGACCGGAAGAGGGAUUUCCUCAGACAGAAGAUCAGGCUGGAGUCCCUGAAGGAUGGAAUAUUUGCCACUAUUCCACUUGGGGGUUUCAUCAGAAAUGAAAUACAGAAGUUGGAGGAGACCUUGAAUCUCUACAGGUCUUACUUGGGACUGGAUGAAGCCUCACUAAAAAAUAUUGCCAAGGAUUUCAAAGUGUCUAUGAAUGAAAUCAAGGCACACCUUAAGUGUCUCCAUGUGUUAACAGAGGACAAAGACAUGUCCUUCAAAGAUAAACUGUUGAAAUAUAUUGAAUCUAUUUCCUAUGUUACUGGGGGACCACUUGCCUCAGGCCUUUACUUUAGAAAGACUUACUACUGGAAAAGUCUCUUUAUUGAUACUGUGGCAAGUGAUGCCAAGUCUCUCCUUAGUAAGGAAGCAUUUUUAUUAAGGAAGCGAGAAUCCUGCAUGUCUGACUUCCAUGAAUAAUGGGAAACAGGAAUGGAACUGUGAGGUACUAGCCUUUGGACUGACUUCAGGCACUGACUUAAAGCCUGCUUUUAAGCAACAAAAAUUUCCUGGGAACGAAUGGAGGAUUCAUGUCUUUCAGAGACAGAAUAUCAGAGUGGCAUGUGGAAAAAGAGUCGCCCACAGAAUAAGAAUUGUCUUCCAUUAACGUAUCAUUAUGAACAUAUAUGGUUGUAUAUGACUUGCAAUAUCUUUGUCUAAUUAAUAGUGCCACACUCUUAA